UAAUUGCAAAUUCGCACUUUAAUUUAACCGAAAAAUGUCCCUACUUUUUCCAUUUGCGCAGUGAGCAGGUGAGCAUUUCCGGCGAUUCUCUCCGUUUUUCAGAUCUUGCACGAGGCGGGAAUAAUUAGAUAGGAAGACAAUGCAUCCUCAUUUAACGAUCCACAGGCAUCCAAUGUGUGCUGAAAUUAUCGAGCAGUUCCAGAAAUGCCAUACAGACCAUCCUUUUGGAAAGUUUUUUGGCGAAUGCACUGAUCUUAAACUUAAGCUCGAUAAAUGUUUUCGACAGGAGAAAGCCGUGAAGCGGAAGGCAAAUUUUGAAGAGAGCAAAAAAUUGAAAGAGAGAUUGAGAGCAUACAGGAAAGAAAGUUCUGAGAUGAGAGAGGAAGAAAUUUCUGCAUAGGUUAAAUCUUUAUUACCAAGGUAUCAGAGCUACGUAUAUCGAGGGCUUGUUGCUUGAAUAUACAGAUUGUAUUUAUGCAGUCCUUUUGUUUGCUCAAAUGUCUAAAUAACAUAAAUCGAACUUCAUAUGCCAUAGUCGCGACGGCCUUGAACCCAGUCGCUGUAAUAUAGUAUUAUUGGAGGGUUCGUUUUGUUAGAAUUCUCUAAAUAAUAAUACAAUUUCCUGGAUACGUCAGCAAAAAUUCUCGAAAUAGAAUUUGGUUAGAAAAGAUUGUUGUGAUCGUUUCUUAUACAUA